GCCUCGCCGGUGCGGUAAGGUCGUUUCCAUUCGGGACCUGCCCAGCAAGAGAGACGCAAGAACACAGCAAAGCGAGUGCACAUUAACAUCCAAAAUGUCUCUGUCUAACAAACUCACUCUGGAUAAGGUGAACGUGAAGGAUAAACGUGUCAUCAUGAGAGUUGACUUCAACGUUCCAAUGAAAGACAAACACAUCACUAACAACCAGAGGAUUAAGGCAGCUGUCCCCUCCAUCAAGCACUGCUUGGACCACGGGGCCAAAUCCGUGGUGCUGAUGAGCCACCUGGGCAGGCCCGACGGGAACCCCAUGCCUGACAAGUACUCCCUCCAACCUGUGGCCGCUGAGCUCAAGAGCCUGUUGGGCAAGGAUGUGAUGUUCAUGAAGGACUGCGUUGGCCCGGAGGUGGAGAAGGCGUGUGCCAGCCCCGCCCACGGCUCAGUCAUCCUGCUGGAGAACCUGCGCUUCCACGUGGCCGAGGAGGGCAAGGGCAAGGAUGCGUCCGGCAACAAGACCAAAGCCACCCAGGAGCAGAUCGACUCUUUCAGGGCCUCUCUGUCCAAGCUGGGCGACGUCUACGUCAACGAUGCCUUUGGAACGGCCCACAGAGCGCACAGCUCCAUGGUGGGAGUGAACCUGCCCCAGAAGGCAGCUGGAUUCCUGAUGAAGAAGGAGCUGGAUUACUUCGCCAUGGCUCUGGAGAAACCCCAGCGACCCUUCCUCGCCAUCCUCGGGGGGGCAAAGGUCAAAGAUAAGAUUCAGCUGAUCAACAACAUGCUGGAUCAGGUCAACGAGAUGAUCAUCGGGGGCGGAAUGGCGUUCACCUUCCUCAAGGUCCUCAACAACAUGGAGAUCGGCACGUCGCUGUAUGAUGAGGAGGGUGCAAAGAUCGUCAAGGACCUGAUGGCGAAGGCUGAGAAGAAUGGCGUGAAGAUCAGCCUGCCCGUCGACAUCGUCACCGCAGACAAGUUUGACGAGCACGCGACCACCGGCACCGCCACCGUGGCGCAGGGCAUCCCCGCCGGCUGGAUGGGCCUGGACUGUGGUCCGGAGAGCUCCAAGGCCUUUGGUGAAGCGGUAGGCAGAGCCAAGCAGAUCGUGUGGAACGGGCCGGUCGGCGUGUUUGAGUGGGACAACUUCGCCCACGGAACCAAGAACUUGAUGGACAAGGUGGUGGAGGCGACGAAGAACGGCUGCAUCACCAUCAUCGGUGGGGGAGACACGGCUACCUGCUGUGCCAAGUGGAACACAGAGGACAAGGUCAGCCACGUCAGCACAGGGGGCGGAGCCAGUCUGGAGUUGCUGGAAGGUAAAGUCCUGCCAGGUGUGGAUGCCCUCAGCAGUGCUUAAGAUGGAGGACGCGAGGGGUUCUGUGCAAGCAGCCCCAGAGAAGCUCUCCGUCUCCCUCCCUCAGCUCCUGCCCACUGUCGCCACGGUGACUCAAAUGACGAAUCCCCCACUCUCUGCUGUAAUAAAGAGAAAAGCACUUACACCGCUCCCCCCCAGCACUUUACCCACCUGCGCCUCCUCCACCACCUCCUGCUGUGAGUGUUCAGAGACUGGGAGUGUCUCCGAUCGCACCUCCUCCUCCUGCGCCUCCACCCUGCUGCGUCUCUCGGUGCGGAGGAGCUACGGGCCCUGAGGCUGCUGCCGUGUUUGCACCUGAAACCUGGGAAUUCGUCCUUUGCGCUCACCUCCACAUGUUAGCGUGUCGGCGUGUUAGCGUGCGUAUGUGUGCUUGCGUCACUCAUGCAUAGCCCGUCUGGGAGGAUCACGGCUUUUAACGUGAAACUGUCCUGUGUCGUAACUCACAUGAUUAUGUUUUGUAAUUGUGCCCCCUCCCCCACCUCUCUCACGCUCAUGUGUUGGACAUGUACUGCAGUGACCCUUUUGGUUCCCAUGUUCUCUCCCCACCCCCCACCACCAGCAUCCUGUAGUGGCUUGUAAGAUAGUUCCGUUUCUAGCAGGAUGGUUGAGCAAGGUAACGUGGCUCUGAAGUGACCACUCACGUAAUAAAAAAAGUCUGUGUAAAAUACAAAA